UGAGUGAUGCACGUGAUGGAUAGCAGGAAGAAUUGUUUUCAUUGUGUAAUGCUAGCCAGCUGUACAUCGGCAGAUUCAAGGAGCAUCCAAUGUGAGCAGAAAAAAUAAAUAUUGGGGAGGACUACACAUCAACCCUCAUGCUCAAAAGUACACCUUCCAGGAAGAUAGAAGACACGUUUGUUUUUUUGACUCACUGGUUCGUUGACUUGUGUCGUCUAGCUGGGUAAUGAAGAUGUUCUAGUUUAAGUACAGUACAACACAACACACUACUGCAUGGUAGAUUACAUGGCUUCCUUUAACCUUGUUCACAUCUUUACACUUCUAAGCUUCAUCAUCAAUUUCGUACUCACUCAAGCACAGUGGGACAAUCUUUUUUCGGGCCAAAAUUGUUCAGAAAGCCUAACCACUCCAAACAGCGCUUUCCAAUCGAAUGUGAAGAUCCUUCUAUCAUAUUUAUCUUCCAACGCCACCGCCAACAAGCAAUUCUACAACACCACAGUCACGGGUGCAACCCACUCCAACACUGUGUAUGGAAUGUUCUUCUGCUCGGGUGACGUCCCCCCCGAGCUUUGCAGCCAGUGCGUUGCAAACGCAACCAAUGCAAUAUUUUCAGACCCAGAUGCAUAUCCAAAUUGUUCCUUGACCACAGAUGCAGUGAUUGGGUACCUCAACUGCAUGUUUCGCUUUUCCAACCGUUACUUCUUCUCCAAGAUUGAUCUGUAUCCAUACUUUGGCUCUGGCAACAUUUGCGACCCUAAAAGUGAGCCCACGCAGAAAGAAUUGAACGGUUUUUUAUUCAAAACAUGUAAGGAAGCGGUAGAUGAGGCAGCCGAAUCUCCUAUUGGUGUGAAGAAGUAUGCCACAAGGGAAGCAAGGAUGUCAGGGUCUCAAACCCUUUACUGUCAAGCUGAAUGCACACCUGAUCUUUCACCCCAUGACUGCAGAAAAUGUCUAAAUUAUCUGAUGCCGGCUGCUCAAGACAACAGCUGUCUACCUAGGUUUCGUUUGUCAAGCUGUAGCUUGAGGUGCGAAGUCUACCCUUUCUAUCGCCCAAGUACUGCUCUCGCACCUCCUGAACCUGUUCUGGUUCCUGAUUCUUCCAACACAGAUUCCCAGAAUCCUCUUUAUCUUUCCCACAACUGUUCCAGUUCCAGCAACAAAGCCAUGAUCACCGCGGACAGUGCUUUUCUGUCGAAUCUCGAGACACUCUUCAGUUACUUGUCUUCCAACUCCACCACCAAAACCCGUUUCUACAACACCACCGUCGAAACGGUGAGUGGCCUCUUCAUGUGUCGGGGGGACCUUUCUCCUGAUCUAUGUCGACUGUGUGUCUUAGAUGCAACCAAACUAAUAGCCUCCAAGUGCCGCUCUUCGAAAGAGGCAGUUAUUUGGUACAAUAACUGCUUUCUUCGCUAUUCCGAUCACCCAUUUCCCUCCACACUGGAAAUAAGUCCUACCUAUCACCGCUUCGAUGUAGAAAAUACUUCCGCCCCCAAUCUGCAGCAAAGAUUCUUCACUUGGACUUUGGCCAAGGCUUUAUAUGAAGCACAGAUCGAUACUGGGGGACCUUUUAAGAAUUAUGGAACAAAGGAAGCAAAACUUAAUGAUCACCAAAGCCUCUAUACUCUUGCUCGGUGCACGCCAAAUAUAGAUGGUUUCUCAUGCCAAGUCUGUCUUGACCGAAUUUUCAAGAACGAAAUUCCAUGGUGUUGUUUGGCGAGUCCAGUGGGGAAAAUAUUUUAUCCUAGCUGCUAUAUGAUGUUUGGAUUGUCCCCUGCUAACACCACUGAUCACGAAAUUCAAGCCAAAACUCCUGCUACAGGUAGGUCAAGAACAAUUAUCUUAAUUCUUGUCUUUGGGGCUCUCUCGGUGGUACUCCUUUCACUUUGCUGCUAUUUAAGACGGAGAAAGGCAAGAAAAAGUACCUAUAACACUCUUCUCGGAAAAAUUUUUGGUCAUGAAAGUGUUACUUUAAAGGGCUUGCAAUUUGAUUUGAAUAUAGUCAAAGCAGCAACGAAUAAUUUUUCCCAUGAAAAUAAGAUUGGCAAAGGUGGAUUUGGAGAAGUUUACAAGGGUAUUCUGUCUGAUGGACGACAAAUAGCUAUCAAAAGGCUUUCAAGAUGUUCCAAGCAAGGUUCAAUAGAGUUCAAAAAUGAAGUUUUAUUAAUAGCCAAGUUACAACACAAAAAUCUUGUGACAUUUAUAGGAUUUUGCUUAGAAGAGCAGGAAAAGAUUUUGAUUUAUGAAUAUAUGCCGAAAGGAAGUCUUGAUUAUCUUUUAUUUGAUAAUGCUCAACCUCAAAAGUUAAGUUGGUCUGAACGUUACAAAAUUAUAGAAGGAAUUUCUUUAGGAAUCUUAUACUUACAUGAUUAUUCACGACUUAAAAUUAUACAUCGAGAUCUUAAACCUAGUAAUAUUCUAUUAGAUGAGAACAUGAAUUCCAAAAUAUCAGAUUUUGGCAUGGCUAAAAUUGUGGAUUUGGAUCAAGAUCGGGAAAAUACUAAUAGAAUUGUUGGAACAUAUGGUUACAUGUCACCAGAAUAUGCUAUGCUUGGACAAUUUUCUGAAAAGUCAGAUAUUUUUAGUUUCGGUGUCAUGGUUCUUGAGAUUGUUACCGGAAAAAGGAACGCUAAUGCUUAUGAAUCACAAGAUGAAUCUGGUACUAUUGUGGAAGGCCUCAUGGGUUAUGUUUGGAGACAAUGGAAGGACGAAAGAUUAUUAAGUAUUUUGGACUCAAACAUAAAGGAAAGUUUUUCACAAGAAGAAGUUCUUAAAUGUAUUCAUAUUGGUUUAUUAUGUAUUCAAGAAAAUCCAAAUAUUAGACCCACAAUGGCAACUGUGGUUGCAUACCUUAGUGGUCAAUCACCUGAAUUGUCAUCUCCACAAGAUCCAACACUUUUCAUGCGAAACACAGAUCAUCCGAUAAUUCCUCAACAAAGAUCAAGUUCUAGUCAAAAUAAAACUAGUUAUAACCAGUUCUCUAUUAAUGAAGUAUCUAUAAGUAAUUUGUAUCCAAGAUAAUUCAUUAAUUUAUUAUUUGACAGCAUUAUUUAUUUGUGUGUUUUCUAUGGAGAAAAUUAUCAAUUUAUCUUUCUAAA